AUGGCGGCCGUGCGCGGCCUGCGGGUGUCUGUGAAGGCCGAGGCGGCGGCGGCGGCGGCGGGGCCGCCCCUGGGGCUGCUGGGGCCGGGCCCCGAGCGGGGCGAGCCCGAGCCCAUGGAGGUGGAGGAGGGCGAACUGGAGGCCGUGCCGGUGCGGCGCUCGCUGCUGCCGGACACGAGCCGGCGCUACGAGAACAAGGCGGGGAGCUUCAUCACAGGCAUCGACGUCACCUCCAAGGAAGCCAUCCAGAAGAAAGAGCAGCGAGCCAAGCGCUUUCACUUCCGAGCCGAAGUCAACCUUGCCCAAAGGAAUGUGGCCUUGGACCGAGACAUGAUGAAGAAAGCGAUCCCCAAGGUGAGACUGGAAACCAUCUACGUCUGUGGAGUGGAUGAGAUGAGCACCCAGGACAUCUUCGCCUACUUCAAGGAGUACCCCCCUGCUCAUAUUGAGUGGCUGGACGAUACCUCCUGUAAUGUGGUCUGGCUGGAUGAGGUGACCGCGACUCGGGCCCUGAUCAACAUGAGCUCUCUGCCCAGCACAGAUAAAGCCAAAGCCCGAGAAGCCAGUGAGGAGAAGGCCCCAGAGAAGAUGAGAAAAGACAAGCAGGACAGCUCUGAUGAUGAGACCGAGGAAGGAGAAGUGGAGGAUGACACUGCAAGUGACCUGGAGUUGGAUGCACUGUCCCAGGUUGAGGAAGAUUCCCUCUUACGGAAUGACCUUCGUCCAGCCAACAAACUGGCCAAAGGAAACAAGCUCUUCAUGAGGUUUGCCACAAAAGAUGACAAGAAGGAGCUUGGUGCGGCACGGAGAAGCCAGUAUUACAUGAAAUAUGGGAACCCCAACUAUGGAGGCAUGAAAGGCAUUCUCAGCAACUCCUGGAAAAGAAGAUACCAUUCCCGCCGCAUCCAGAGGGAUGUGCUCAGGAAGCGGACACUGAUUGGGGAUGAUGUGGGCCUGACCUUGACCCCCCCUUACAAGCACCGGCACGCAGGUCUGGUGAAUGUUCCCGAAGAGCCUAUAAAGGAGGAAGAGGAGGAGGAGGAGGAGGAGGACCAGGACAUGGAUGAAGACGACAGGAUUGUGGUGGAGUACCGGGACGAACUGCAGGCCUUCAAGCAGGCUCGUGAGCGUAGCGCGUCCCGACGGCCCAGCGCCAGUGGCUCGGGCUCAGACUCGGACGAGAUGGAUUAUGACCUGGAGCUGAAGAUGAUUUCCACUCCUUCCCCAAAGAAGAGCCUGAAGAUGACCAUGUAUGCUGACGAGGUGGAGUCCCAGCUGAGGAGCAUCCGGAACUCCAUGAGGGCUGACAGCGUAGCCACCAGCAACGUCAAAAACCGCAUUGGGAACAAAGGGGCAUCUGAUAAGGUCGCUGAUGUGCGGCUCCUGCUUGAGGAGAAGCGGCAAAACACAGCACAGAGGCCUCCUGUGAGCAGCAUCAAAUCUGAUGUCCGCCAGAGAUUAGGAAAGAGACCACAUUCUCCUGAAGUCAAGACCCUGAGUGGCACCUUCACCCCCCGGAGGGAGCCGAUGUCCGAUGUACACAGUAGGCUUGGGAUUCCCAGGCAGGACAUCAAGGGCCUCUAUUCUGACACCCGGGAGAAGAAGUCAGGCAGCUUAUGGACUCGCUUGGGAUCUGCCGCUAAGGCCAAAGACAAGGGGACCGAGAAGGCAGACCCCGCGGUGGCGGUGGCGGUCCCCGAGGAGGAGGACUCGGAGCUUCAGCGGGCGUGGGGUGCUCUGAUCAAGGAGAAGGAGCAGUCACACCAGAAGAAAAGCCGCUUAGAGCGUUUACCGUCUCUGCAGAUUGAGAUCAGUCGGCAAAGCAGCUCGGACUCGGACACGGAGUCGUGAGGCCGGACGCCAAGCGCCUCCUGCGGGCAGCCCUAGCUUUGGUGGAUCCUUCUUUCCUCCUAUUUCUAGCAGGAAGCGAUCAUCCAAAGAGCUGCGUACUGAACCUCUCCGUCUUGCCUUGGCCUCGAUGGUGGUCGCUACCAGCACCUCCAGCCUAUGAGAGCCCGAGGCAGUGUGGGGGCUUCGGGGUCUCGGGCGCUGGGGAAGAAGGAGCCCCCCAGCCCUGACCGGGCCAGGCGUGGGACUGUGUUUCAUGGACUUGGCCUCUGGGCGCCUGCGCCACUCAAGGUGGCCCGAGAUGUAGCAGCUGGAGGACACCAGGCGGCAAGGAUAUCUGUCUGUCCGUCUGUCCAUCAUUGAGUCAGCGUUCUGUGCAGACCAGCACCUCCGGUGCAACCUGGGACUGGGGGUGAUUGGGGUGGGGGGGGGUCAGUGUUGGACAUUGUGUUUGGUCUAUUAUGGUUUAAAACUUAAUGAUUUCAAAGCUUCAUUUUUACAUGUGAACAUUUUUCCUGUUGGCUCCA